AUGAGACAUGGAUAUUAUGCACUCCUGGGGGGGUUCCUCAUCAUGUUUUCUCUUGGCCAAAUGUACACUUUGGGUGAGUACAGGUAUGUUAUCAAAGCUGUGAUGUUUCUUAAUUCUGAAAACCAAAAAUCUUUUUUAACACCAGCCAAUAUGGCACCUUACAUUGUCUCCUUCCUUCACGAGUACGUCGAUGCUAACAUCAGUCCAGGCUUCGCCAUUUCGCUAUCUACAGGUGCUGUCGCAGCCUUCGGCAUCACCCUGCCCCUCUCUGGCAUCUUCUGGAGCAAAGUCGGCAUCAUGCGAUUUGUCUUUGUUGCAUGUCUUUUGAAUAGCGCCAGUGUAUUCUUCUCUGCCUUCACAAUAAGAGUCAACGCAAUUCUUUUCUUCUUUACGUACUCAAUUUUGGCGGGCAUCGCUGUUGGAUGUGGAUAUGGCUUAGUUCUUCAAGUGGCUCUUUCAUGGUUUCCAAAGAAGCAUGGUCUUGUAGUCGGCAUAUGUACCGUUGGCUUUGGCGGAGGGGUUACGUUGUUACUCCCCAUACAAACGAUCCUCAUAAAUCCCAACAACACGUCUCCCAAUGCAACUACCGAUAUGUUCGAGGACGUCAACAUGCUUAAUCGCAUUCCACCGUGCCUGCAGAUAACCGGCGCCCUAAUCACUGGCCUGGAAGUGGUAGGCUGCUGUUUCUUCCGCCAGCGACCAUCCGCCGACUCGGAAAUGGACGAAGAGGAGACCGUCGCGCAGACACCAAUUCCGGACGACCGAUUCCUCAUGGUGGUCUCCAUUACUGGAGCAGUCUUCAACAUAAUGGGUCGCUUCUUCUGGGGUUACAUCGCUGAUAAAGUGUCAUUCAAGAUCCCAAUGAUCCUUGUUAAUGCGGUUUACGCAGCGGCACUCAUCAGUCUGCCCCGCAUCCUCUGGCUGCCGGGCGCUGGGAGGGUGUGCUACGCCAUUUGGGUGCCGCUUCUCUUCCUCUGCCUGGCGGGCAAUUUUGUGCUGCUGACUUUCGGAAUAACCCGGUCCAUGGGCCCCAAACACGUUGCCAGCAUCUACGGUGCCAUCUUCUUGGCUUCGGUACCGGCUUCUCUGCUCGGAGCCGGAAUAUUUUCCCAAAUUGACGUGAGGAAUUGCUUCAAUGAAAUAUUUCUUGCGAACGGUAUAAUUGCUCUGUCUGUUUCAAUCUUCGCUAUUUUCCUGCGAGAUGACCAAAUUCCACACUGGCCGAGGUGGCUACCUUGCAAUCUCGAUCGUACCAAAAGUCCUCUUUUUUCACCAUCCACGACUCCUACUGAGGUCUGUCUGUAG